GGCUGGUGCAGUGCAGAGGGGGUGAUCUAUUAGUUAGGGCAAAAAUAAGGUUACAAAUCAGAACUCACCGUAGUCUGUAACUUCAAUAAAAUAUAUAUAUAUAUAUAUAUUAUUUUUACUACUUUUAGAUUGUAUUUUCUACGCAGCCAAGAUGACCACCGCAGUGGUUUCGCCUUUCUACGACUUCAGCGAAGUAAUGAACAAGAACGACAAGAUGCUGAAUUACAACAACAACUUACUGAGCGCCCCCCAUCAUCCGAUAUCCACCAACAUCCCCAUGUCAAUCACCAACCCCACCGGAGCCCUGCUGGACAGGAAGGCUGUGGGGACCCCCUCGCUGGGCUGCGGGCUGUCCGUCUACAAGAGACGGCACUCUGUCACCCUCCCCAACCAUGACCCCAGCUCCAAGUUCAACCAGAACCAGUUCCUUAACAGCCUGAAGACCAUAGACCACUCCUCCUGCUCCAUCUCCUCAGGGUUUAUUGGAAGUGGUAGCAGCAGCAAGGAGAAUCGCAUGAGGGACCGCUCUUUCUCCGAGACGGGUGAGCGGCUCCUACACCAAUGCCUGGGGCCUGCUAGUCCUACCAGCCUAGGAGCCCAGAGCCAGCAGCAGAGCCAGGUCAACUCCAGUCGCUACAAGACGGAGCUGUGCCGGCCGUUUGAGGAGAACGGAGCCUGUAAGUACGGCGACAAGUGUCAGUUCGCCCAUGGCUUCCACGAGCUGCGUUCUCUCAGCCGCCACCCUAAAUACAAAACCGAGCUGUGUCGUACCUUCCACACAAUCGGAUUCUGCCCCUAUGGUCCUCGCUGUCACUUUAUCCACAAUGCAGAGGAGCGCCGUGGACCCCCUCCCUCCCCCUCAUCCUGCUCCUCCUACUCUCCUCUCUCCUCCAGUAAGUUGGAGCGUCCUCGUCUGCAGCACAGCUACAGCUUCGCAGGGUUCCCCAGCUCUGGGGGCCUGAGAGGAGGGGACAGCCCAACCUCCGUCACCCCUCCACCUAUGUUCUCCCCGGACGAGAUGCCUGAGUGGCCGAGCUCCAACCUCUUCACGUACUCCAGUCAGGAGCUGGCCAAUCUGUUCGGCCCCAGCCUUGGAUCCGGAGGCCCCGUGGGGACUGAUCCCAAAGGCCCUGCACCCCCUUCCCAGAACAACACCCCCUACUUCUUCAGGCCCAUGUCGGAGUCCCCCACCCAGAUGUUUGCAUCUCCGUCCAGCCCGCCCCAGGAUUCUCUGUCUGACCAGGAGGGGUACCAGAGCAGCUCGGGGGGCAGUCUCAGUGGGUCAGAAUCCCCCAGCCUGGAUGCCAACAGACGCCUCCCAAUCUUCAGCCGCCUCUCCAUCUCUGACGACUAGAUGGCAGCUAUUUAAUGAUCUUCUCCACGCUGACCUUGAAAAAAGGACAGAAAGAUAUAAUGAAUGGGAAAUGGCACUCCCCUGUCCCCACGACAACCAUCCCCUCACCCCUCUCCUCCACAUCAAUAUACAUUUAGUUCCUAGUUAGAAUAAGGAUACAGUGACUUGUUUUCAAAUCACCCCAGAAAUGUCUCCUUUGCUGUUACCUGCAUCCUAACUCCCCUCCCUCCACAGUCCCUACCAUGUCUUCAGUCAAAACGCGAGAGGAAACGAUUGAACAAUGAGAAUGUUAGACUUUUGUUGUGUUGCCAGGUGCCACCUGUGAUUUUGUUCUUGAACGUGUAGCAGUGCAAGUGUGUCAUUGCACCACAAACCACCCCAUCCUGUUGUUGGUCACUGACAGUUGUGUUUCUGGAAAGGAAGGAUGAGGGACGUCUUUUAUUGUCUAACUGGUUAUUAAACCUUUAAGACUGUUAUUAUUUUUGUCCCUCCCCUUCCCUCUCCACCCCACCGCCCUCUGUGCCGUUCCGCAGGCAGCGGGGAAUUCCAGCAUUCCCAUGGUGCACUUCUUCUAUACUUCCUGCAACUUGAGAUGGGAUCUCUAAGCUAUCCUAGUUUUCCUCUUCCCCUUAGAAUCAGAAUCUGGCUUUGAGGAGUAGUCUGAUGUUAUGACAUCUCUCUGCUUCUUUCUCUAGGUUUUGAUUAUUUUUAUUGUUAUUAUGAUUAUUUGUUUGAAAACUUUCCAAACAGUUUUUGCUUAUCACUGCAUAUUUAACUUAUCGAAACAUAUUUAUUGGUGAUCAUAUGCAUUUUUUUGUUAAUUUUGUUUUUGUAUUUAUCUGGAUAAUGAACAAUAGAAUAUAUUUUCUUUAUGUUAAAUUAUGAUCUUCGGUAUUAAUCUAAAGAUUGUGAAGACAUUUUUGUCAAUUUCUUUUUUCACAGUUUAAUAUAUUGUAUUACAAUGACUUUUGUUUGCAACUACACGUUGUCAAAAUGAAACUUAAUUUAAAACAAAAAAAAUACAGAAAAAAAAAGUUGCUUUAUUUAUUUGUAUACUUUUUGUUUGUUCUCGGUUCUCCCUGUUAUUGGACUGCAAUUCUAGCAAACAUGAUUGUCACCUUCUCAUUCCGGAGCUGUCCUGUCCUCGCCUUUUUCUGUUUUCUCUGACGGUAACAGUACUUUAAUGUUAUUACCUUCUGCAGUUGUAUUCUUUGAGAUUAGGCCAACGUGGUACCAUAUGUUGACCACACAGGAUUAUUUCAGAGAUAUGACUCAUGUAUCUAAAACUAAGAGGUGUAACACGUGAUGACUAUCACCAUGUUCACUUGGACAUCCCGAUUCAGUGUGUGUGAAGUUCUGGGUUUAAAGUUAAGGGACGGUGUCAGUUAAUGUAAUACAAGUAACCAGGGAUUUCGAGGAAAAAGACUCCCUUUUAUUACAAGCAAAAGCUGUGACCAAAUGGGUUGAGGAGAGGUUUUGUUUUUUGUACUUGUGUGGCCCCAGCUGUUAAAGUGCCUACUUUUUGACUACAUUCCAGGUAGCUAACUAAGGCCUUUUCUAUUCAACGAUGGAAGAUGGUGAAAUUGUUUUUAAAUUCCUUGUUCCAUGUUUCCUUGAAGUUUUGAAUGAGGUUAAACAGGAUUACUGAAAGUAAAAGAAAGAUAACUGAAAGUCAAACUGUUGAAUGUAUUUUUCCAGCCAUGGUUUUUCACUAGUCAUUUCUCUGAGUUGAUAUAAAACUGAUUUCUUUUUGUAACUAUUGAUUGCAGUUAAAACCAAUAAACCCUGUAUUUUUGAAA